ACAACUUUAAAGCCACGUUAAUCUAAAAGCCAGCAGCAGAUGGUCUAAUGUAUUUCCAGAGAUGAAGGUCUGUCGGAGUCUGUCUGAGAACAUCCUGACUGUCAACAUGUUACUGAGUGUCUUCAUUCUUCCCGGUGAUUCGUCUGAUUGUCCCAAUCCAGAUCUUAUUGCUAACACACCUCAACAGAUUGAAGCUCUGAGUGGAUCUUGUUUGCAAAUCCCAUGUAGCUUCAAUUCAACACAUUAUACAUACAACAACAGGAGACCCAUCUAUGGAGUUUGGUUGAAAAAUAUCUCAAAUUUCAAUGCCGAACCAAGCGCUGUUAUUUUCAACAGCAGUGGGUCAGUUAACAUAUUUUCACUGAAUUUGACUGGAAACCUGAGUGAGGGAGACUGCACCACUCUGUUUCCUGAUUUAAAGACGAGUUAUACUGACAGUUACUUCCUCCGCAUCGAGAACUGGCCAUUCAGGGCAAGCGCUAAGUGUCAUCCUCUUCAAAUAACAGUUGAUGAUUCUCCUUGGAGUCCCAGCAUUAAUGUUCCCUCUGACCUGAAGGAGCAUCAGUCUGUCACUGUAACCUGCUCAGCUUUCACUCCGUGUCCACAAUCACCUCCUGAACUCACCUGGAAUCUCCAACAAGACUCUCUCAAACAAACAGAGAAAAACACAGAGGGAAUCUUUACAACUAAAAUCCAGGAGAACAUCACUCUGUCAGACACACAUGAUGGAUACAACAUCAGAUGUUCUGCCAGAUAUCCUGUGAUUGGAGGAAAAAAGACAGCAGAGACAGAAGUGACUCUCAAUGUUUCAUAUGCUCCUAGAAACACCUCAGCAUCCAUCAGUCCAUCAGGUUUGGUAUCAGCAGGUACCUGGGUGGAGCUGAACUGCUCCAGCAGAGCCAAACCUCCACCCAGCUUCACCUGGUUCAGGAACAACAAACAAGGAGCCAUUAAUGUAUCUGUGGAGCAGAUUUACAGCUUCAACGCCACCGAGGAAGAAGAGUAUUACUGUGUGGCUACAAAUGAUCUGGGGAAUCAGACAUCAUCAAUACUUCUUAGUUUUGAAGAUCAUCAAGAGUUUGGACUCUUUCUCUGUGCUACAGUGAAGAUCCUGGGAAUCAUAAUCCUCUGCAGUGCAGUCGUCACCUUUGAGUGCUGGUUUAGAUCAUCCGACAGAUCAAGGAAGGAUCCAGCAGAACCAGAGCAGGUCAACAGAGUGAUGGAGAUUCAGGCAUCAUGAGCCACAAGGAGGCGAAGAAAACGUUCACUAUUAGUGGGACAAUAUCUUUAUUUUUUCUUGCAUUUGAAUUUGACUGUACAUGUGUUGAUUUUUAUUGCAAGAUAAGCAGAUAACAUUUGAACUUGGCAUUAAAAUCUUCUUAAAAUGGAAACAAGGAAAACUACUGCACAAAUUAUUCAUCUUUUGUUUGCCAUGUUUGUUAUUUCUUUCCCCUUUUCUGUCAUUUAACCAUCAGCCUUUAUUGAGGAAGCCCUUUUUCACUGAUUUAGACUAAAUGCAGCAAGCAAUUUCCAAUGCAUUUAAAAAAUAAAUAGUGACC